UUUGAGCAAUAUUAUUUUGUAUUUAAUAAUUUUAAUAUGGCUCUAUGACCAAGGUUGUAUUUUUGAAAUAAGGAAAAUGGCUCUGGAUGUGAAAGAAUUGUGUCGAUUAUGUGGUAAAAAGGAUGAAUUGUCUAAAGAUUUAAAAGAUGAAGAUAGUAAAAAUAUUCUCAAAAUGAUACAAGAAUUUAUACAAAUACCGUUUGCAGAAAAUGAUGAAUUACCAACAAAAGUGUGUAUCAAUUGCGAGGAAAAAGUUGUGUCAUUUCAGCUGUUUGUACUAGAAUGUUUUAAGGUGCAGGAAACUUUGAGGCUAAUGUGUUUAGAAACGUGUGAAAAAUACCCAAUUAAACUUGAGGAUGAUAUUGAAAUUGAUUUUAAUAUUGCUGCAAUUAAGUCUGAGGUCAAACAUGAAUUGUCUGCUGAAGACUUAGUGAAUGCUAUUAAUAGUGACGAAUGUAUGACUGGAUUUGAUGCUGAUGAUUACAAAAAUGAUAAUGAUGACGACGAUAUGAGCGAUGUAACCUUGGCUACUUUGAAGGAUUUGAAACAAAAGAAAACAAGCGUGAGAAAGAGAAUGACAUUGACUGAGACAGGAAAGAAACACUUAAAAGAGAUAUUAAAGAAAUCUGAUCUUAAUACUGGUGAUUUUGUUAAGUUUGAAUGUAAAAUUUGUAAUAAACCUGUGAAAGCAUGGAGUGAAUUAAGAGCACAUUAUACAAAAAUUCACAAGAGUAAACCAGAGUUGUUUUGUGUUUGCGGCUUUAUCAUAACUUCAAGGAGCAGUUUGUACAGACAUGUUUCGGACCACAGGAGUGAAAGUAGUAAACUUAAGAAAAACGAUGAAAAAACAGACUCAGAUAAACAGGAUGAAAAUAAAUAUUCAAAUUUAAAUGUUUCGGACUUUGUAAAUUUCACAUGUUCUAUUUGUCAAAAGCAAUGUACAAGCUGGUAUCAAUUAAAAUCACACUCGGAAAGGUUACACAAGAUAAAACCUGUAGUUAAUUGUAUUUGUGGGAUCACUCUAAAGUCUAAAUCAGUAUUAUACAAGCAUGUAUCAGAUCACAAAAAUCCUAAUGUUAUCUGUUGUGAUAAAUGUCCACGAGUAACAAAGACACUGUCUGCAAUGAGUAAACAUAAAAUGAGGCAUAUACCUAAGUCGGAAAGGAAGUUUUGCUGUUCCUCAUGUGAUAAAAUAUUUAAUUCUAAGGAAACGUUAAGAUAUCAUGUGCGAACUCAUAUACCAAUAGAAGAGAGGAAAAUAUAUAGUUGUGAUUUAUGUGAACUAAAGUUCACGACGCCGUCGGCGGCCGCGUCGCACAAGCGCGUGGUGCACGACAAGAUCAAGAGCUACAUGUGCGACCUGUGCGGGUACGCGUGCGGCACGUGCGGCGAGCUGCGCCAGCACCGCGCCAUCCACAGCGACGACAAGCCCUUCGCGUGCCGCAAGUGCGACAAGCGGUUCAAAACAUACUCGAACCUGAAGACGCACAUGGACACGCACGAGGACACGUCGUACGUGUGCUACGUGUGCAGCCGCGUGCUCAACAGCCGGCGCACGCUGCGCAAGCACCUGCUCGUGCACGACGACAAGUGCCGCCACGUCUGCUCCUACUGCAACAAGGCCUUCAAGCGACGACAGACGCUCAAGGUGCAUAUGUACACGCACACGGGUGACAAGCCGCUGACGUGCAAGUGGUGCGACGAGCGCUUCUCGUACGCGUCCACGCUGCGCUCGCACCGCCUGCGCUGCCACCCCGACAAGAUGGCGGCGCAGUACUGCGCCUACAACACGCACGUCUCCGUGCCGGAGGGAUACUUGAAAAACGACACAGUCCCGCCUAAAACCGACGUGGAAGCUAUUUAAUACAAGUAUUUAAACCAUGAAUUAUAUUUAAUUAUUAGAAUAAUAUUACAUUAAUUUUUUAAUUGUUAUAUAUACAUACCAUUAUCAAAAUCCAAAUAAAAAUAUUUCGUUUACUAACCUGUGUCUCUCAUUAUCCACUCCAUAUAAAGCCAAUAUCUACGAGAGAAACAAAUAAACAUUUGUUUCUUGUGAA